AAUCUCUCCUCUUCUAACACUUUUUGACCGGGUUCAGCCUGGAGCAGACCUGCCAGCCUUCCACUCGAGAAGGAUUACCCUCUCCCGAUCGUGUAGUCCGCGUCCCCUCUUCGAUAAUUUCGUUGUACUCUGCGUCUCAGAGGUCAGGACGAUAACCUGUAAUUCCUGCAAUCGGUCAGAUCCAUUCUGCCUCGGUCGUGUGCGAGUUCGGUGCGGAUGCUUUUCUUCAUGAUCCUUGGAGCGUGACGCGAUGACACCCUCCCCUAGUCUCGCUGGAGGCGAUCGAAGUGUUGGUCUCAUUCCCGACGAUGAUGAAUCACGAUCAAUAAUAUGCCACCUCGAAAGGUUGAAUCACAGUAAACCGAUCCCCAAUUCGUACAGUGCUCUGAAUCGACAUACCCUAUACCCCAGUUACAUCCAUUGAUCACCAUGUCUGUACAAACCGCCACCACAACGCCUCAAACCACUACUCAGCCUCAAGGGGACGACAAGGUUGGUCGCAAGGUCUUCAUUGGUAACUUGGCUUAUACCGCGACCGAAGAACAAGUGAGAGAAUUUGUUAGCGGUGCCGGCGGGAAACUCGAGUCGUUGGAGCUUGCCACCCGAAGCAAUGGCCGUGCCGCUGGUUAUGCUUUCGCAGUAUGGAGCUCUGCUACCGAAGCAGAAGAAGCCGUGCAGAAACUGGACAAGAAGCUGCUUCAGGAAAGAGAGAUUUCCGUCGCAAUUGCCAAGGCCCGCUCCGAUAAGCCUCGAGGUCGCAAGGUCGAUGAAUCCAAGCAGGUACAGAAGGACGAGGAAGGUGUCGUGAUCGAGGCGUCUGGAAGCGGUGAGGCCGCCGAUGGUAACAAGAAGAAGAGGAACCAAAGGAAAAAGCGUUCCGCUCGACGUCUUCCUGCCGAUGACAACGAUGAUGUCGAGCAAGUUGACGGACAAGUUCAAGCAGAAGAAGACGCUCCGAAGAAGAGCAAAGCCAAAAGGAACCGAAAGCCCAAAUCUAAGGCCAACAAGGCAGAAGGCGAGGCACCCACCGAUGGUCCUGCAGAGUCUGCAAGGAUCGAUGACGAAAACAAUGCUCAGCAGCAGACGCAGAACCAGCAAACCGUGAACGUUGGCAACAAACGAACCCGACAACCUCGAGUUACCACUACGGGACAGCCCUCCGAUACCUUGGUCUUCGUGGCCAAUCUCCCUUUCUCGGUCGGUGAUGAGCAAUUGGCAGAGGUCUUCAAGAGCCUCAGUAUCGGCAUCAAGUCGGCCAAGGUUAUCACCAAACCCGGAUUCCGCAAGAAGGGCGGCGAUGAGGCCGCUACGGCUCCGGCUCCUCGGUCGAAGGGUUUCGGAUUCGUGGAAACCAACAACCAGGAUCAACAGAAACUCGCACUGGAGAAGCUUCAGGGAUACAAGAUUGACGACCGGGAGAUUGUCGUCAAGGUUGCCAACGAAAGGCAGGCAGUUGAAGAAAACGUCGAGGCCAAGGCCGAGGGAGACAGCAACUAG